CCAGAAAAGCUUCCCUCCUUCUCCCUCUGCCUUCAUUGGAUCCUGCUCUUUUGAACUGAUCAGAACAGGCAAAUGUAGCCACCCACCUCUAGGAGGAAAACUGAGCUGCAGCCCUGGUGAAACAUAAAGUUUAUUUGACUAAAGUGACGCAAAAAAUUCUUAAAGAGCUCUUUGGCAGCAGAUUAUCUGGAAAUCAGACCAUGUGAGGGGGAUUGGCGUACAAAAACCUCACCAAGAUGCUGAGUUGCCCACAGGCUGAGUGCCCGAGACUCUGAAGUAAAUGUGGGUGAAGGUUACUCGAGCUUGGAUAACUCCAAGGGAAGCGCUUCAAACCCAUCCGAACGACAGAUGGUGUUUGUGCCUUCAAUCCAAUGGAUAUAAAUAUGGAAGAGGAAUUCUAGAAGUGCUGGGAAUACGCUGGGAAGACAAGCCGCAAGGGCACUCUCCGCUGCUGUCCAUCUGCAAGUGAUCAGAACAAACCUCGGGGAAAAAUGGAAAAAAAGGCAACAAGCAACGAGACUGAGCCGCUGACUUCCAAGAAAGAUGCCUCAGACUGUAACGAAGGGGAAGACUGUAAAGAGAACGGACUUCUGGUCAGGAACCCUAAGUCUGCCCUACGGCUAGUGGAGGAUGGCAAUAAAGUCCAUCCCAGCCAGGGAGAUAAAGGGGAGGCAGCUCAGAUCUCAAACGGUUAUUCAGGGGUUCAGAGCUCUGUUCCCUGCAGUGCAACGGGGGAGAUGGAAGAUGCCCAGUGCACUGCCCCAGCAGCCACAACCACCACUACAACCACCACUUCUACCACCUGCGGAGCAGAGGGCCAGCAGCAGCUGAUGGAGCUAGAAGACAGAGAGACCUGGAGUAAAAAAAUUGACUUUCUCCUCUCUGUCAUUGGAUACGCAGUGGAUCUGGGAAAUGUGUGGAGAUUUCCUUACAUAUGCUAUCAAAACGGAGGAGGAGCAUUCCUCAUUCCUUACACAAUUAUGGCCAUCUUUGGAGGGAUUCCUCUCUUCUAUAUGGAACUAGCACUAGGACAGUACCACAGGAAUGGGUGUAUUUCAAUUUGGAGAAAAAUAUGUCCUAUAUUCAAAGGAAUUGGCUUUGCCAUCUGUGUAAUAGAUCUUUACGUAGCCUCCUACUACAACACCAUUAUGGCUUGGGCCUUUUACUACCUCGUAUCCUCCUUCACGACGCAGCUGCCGUGGACUAGCUGCACAAACGCCUGGAACACAGGCAACUGCACUGACUACUUCAGCAAGGACAAUGUCAGCUGGUCUCUGCACUCCAUCUCUCCCGCGGAGGAAUUUUAUACCCGCCAAGUUCUACAGGUGCACAGGUCCAACGGGCUGGAUGACCUGGGGGGCAUUAGCUGGCAACUGACCCUCUGUUUAUUGUUAAUCUUCACCAUUGUAUACUUCAGCAUCUGGAAAGGGGUCAAAACAUCUGGCAAGGUGGUAUGGGUGACUGCCACAUUCCCUUACAUCAUCCUCUUUAUCCUGCUAGUGAGAGGUGCGACCUUGCCUGGGGCUUGGAGAGGUGUCCUCUACUACUUGAAACCUGACUGGCAGAAACUCCUGGCCACUGAGGUUUGGGUGGAUGCAGCAGCUCAGAUUUUUUUCUCCCUUGGUCCAGGUUUUGGGGUCCUAUUGGCUUAUGCCAGCUACAACAAAUUCCAUAACAACUGCUACCAAGAUGCUCUGGUUACCAGUACCGUGAACUGCGUGACUAGCUUUGUGUCCGGAUUUGUCAUUUUCACUGUGCUGGGAUACAUGGCUGAGAUGAGGAAUGAAGAUGUGUCAGAGGUUGCCAAAGAUACCGGACCCAGCCUCCUCUUCAUUACGUAUGCUGAGGCCAUUGCAAACAUGCCGGCUUCCACUUUCUUUGCCAUCAUCUUUUUCCUGAUGUUACUCACGCUGGGAUUAGACAGCACGUUUGCAGGACUAGAGGGAGUGAUUACCGGAGUCCUGGAUGAAUUCCCACACGUCUGGAGCAAACGCAGGGAAUUGUUUGUCCUUGGUCUCACCAUCAUUUGCUUUCUGGGGUCAUUAGCAACCCUGACGUUUGGAGGCGCGUAUGUGGUAAAGCUGUUUGAAGAAUAUGCCACGGGUCCGGCCGUCCUAACAGUCGUGUUUCUGGAAGCAGUUGCUGUGGCCUGGUUCUAUGGCGUCACCCAGUUUUCCAACGAUGUGAAGGAGAUGCUGGGCUUUACCCCAGGCUGGUACUGGCGAGUUUGCUGGGUAGCAAUUAGCCCCAUCUUCCUUCUGUUCGUCACUUGCAGUUUUCUGUCCAAUCCUCCUGAGCUACGGCUUUUUGAUUACAGUUACCCCUACUGGACCACAGUAGUGGGUUAUUGCAUAGGAACCUCUUCUAUCAUCUGUAUUCCAAUCUACAUGGUUUAUCGGUUGAUCAUCACUCCAGGAACACUUAAGGAGCGUAUUCUGAAAAGCAUUACUCCAGAAACGGCUACAGAAAUUCCUUUUGGAGACAUCCGCAUGAACGCAGUAUAAGCUACCCCGUCUUCUGGGGGGGAGAGGGGGAGCAUAAAAGGUAACUUUCCCCAUACUCUCCCCCCCAAAGAAUUACAUUUCCAGUUGAAACAACAAACGGAGGAGUUUUCUGUGGAGGCUGCAUCACUGGCAACGGGCAUUUGGAAACACGAUGCCUCCAGCACAUUUAUCCAAGCAAUCCAAUGAAAUCUGCUGCGCACUUCUAACCAGACUGAAGUGAGGACUAAUUCCCCCUGGAAACACGAGGAUGGCUGUGUGCAUGAGACCACCUCUGCUCCCUGCGGGGGCACGGGGGCUGUUUGAGCGUGCGCGAUUGCACAGGCCACUCCAGGACGAGUACCAGCGGGUAGGAUUAGGUGUAGAACCCCGAGUCUGUGGCAGUACUCCUGUAUCUUCCUCAAUGUGAUCGUUCGUACUGGGCAAUGUCGUAUUCGCUUCUAAGGUUCUAAUUGCUUAAACUACAUUGAAAAUACAAAAAUAUUUCUGAUAGCCAUACAUUACUCAAGUAACGCAGGGUUUUAUAAACUAUAAAUAGUAAAUUCCCAGGUUUGUAGUGGAGUAGACAAAGGAAAAGGAAACGAUCCUGAGCAUCACUAUAUACAGCUCUGCAUACAUUAGCACACACAUUUGGUAGUGUUAUCCUCACUGCAUUUUGUAGACGGUAACUGUUUCUACUAAUUGUUUCUCGCAUAGCAAAUACCACAAAAGCAUUUUUUGUAAUGCUGUAGGCUUCGCUUUCCUUUAGACCAAAUCAAGCCACAAAAACUCAUCAUGGGUUGCUCGACAAGUAACUACGUUGCUGGCACAUACUGCACUGUUUUCAUAACUAAGCUAGAGAUUCACAUCACUCUCCUGACAGAGCUAACGCUUGCACCCAAAGAAACUACAGACAACAUCAAUUUUUUUGAGUUCUGAUGCCAAAAAGUGGAAUCUUAACGAUCUGCUUUGCCUCGUUUUUUUUUUUUUUCCUAAAUUUAAUUUCACCCCUAAAAUAUGCUGGAGCCUGUGGCUUCUUCUGUUCUUUCCUAGAACUGAACUAAAGUUUAGAACAAUCCUUUUGGCUGCCUGAGGAAAGUUUAACAAACUAUCCAAACCUACUUUGAAGAUUUAUUAGCUCAUAUUCUAAUGUGAAAGCAUUUGUUUUUCACCCUGAAGAAGAGGGGAAAUUUCUUUGAAUAAGAAGUUGAGUAGAGCUCAGCAGGAUUGAUUCUCAACAGAACUAUUUAUAUUAAGUUUCGAGGCACUGAUACACAGAUUAACUUCCAUGCACACACUAACGUCUUUAUAUCAUAUGCAUACACGUGCUCUCCAAACGUACCUGCCCUUCAGACCGACUGCAAUUGCCAAGUCAGCUGGAGGACAACAGUUUUGCUGCAGUUGCAUGGAAGUUUAGAUAAACCUAAGUAGUCACCAUUUACGGAGAAACACUGUAUUCUUACUCUACCACAUAGAUUAUACCAAACGUAAAAUAAAAUAGAGGAUAAAAGUCUUUUUUGUAUCUCACGGUCUGCUUAGGUAACGUACUGCUAAAAUUAACAAGGUUACACGCGCAUUCAUACAGCAGGCAUUAAGAAACCUGUUGAGUUUACACUGGUACGAAGAGCUUCCCAUGUCAGAGGAGAGCAGAGAUGGUCCGUUUGCCUUUUGAAACCGCUUUCACCACUCCCGCCAAGGCUCUCCUCCUUCAGUGUGCAGACACCUCCCAGAGGAAGGCCCGUAACACUUCAGCUACUGGCUUGAGUUCACUUAACGGCAGGUCUCAAGCCCAACUUCCAAUAAGGAAAUAACUUAAAGGGACAAUGACUGUUCUUCCAGAACUACGAAAAAGACUCCUAAACUGUUUGUAAAAAGGGAAUAUGUUCCUGCAUUGCCACCAGAAAAACAUAAUAAAUCUGUCUUACUGGACAGUUACUCGUAAGAAACAGUUUUGUACCUUAUCCCUCAAGUAUAUUUGAAAACUACUUCCAAAACUGGCUUCACUGCAACGAAAGAGGAACAGUUCGGGAAUUCUUUUAAUAUUAGAAAGCCAUUUAGUUGUUAAGUUACCAAUCAGAAAAUUAGUGAUUUUCUAAAAAUUAAAUUUUCUGUUAUGAGUUAAUUAGUCGAAAAAAAUACGUAUGAAAUGUCAAUGUAAGAUAAAUGAGGUACUCGCACGUAUCCAAUAUCAAAGUGUGGGAAAUCAAGGAGAAAACCCUACCCAGCUUCUCCAUUCUUCCCACUGGUGCUCAACUAACACUAGAUAGGUUUCCUCUUAAAUGCGUAAGUAUUUAUACAGAUAAACCUUAUGAAUUGAUUUUUUUUUUUGCCAGACCUGAUACCGUUCCAUGUUAGGCAUAUUAAAAAAACAAAACAAAAACCAACCUCCCCCCAACCAACCCGAACCCUCCAGUUCCGCUGUGUAGUCAUUUACGUACAACCCCCGCUAAACAGACAUUCUGCCACCUUUUAGGAGGAAGGGUGAAGGUGGGGGCAGAAAUGGUUAAGUACGAGCACCCUCUGUAGCAAAGCCAAAGUUUCUCUUUCACCCCUUCAAAACAAACCAAGACCUGGAACGUUAUUUCUAAUGGAAUAAUUUGCAGCGUAACCAUUGCAGAAAUCACUGCUAUUUAGCAUGCGCUACUACUGGCGUUAUUUUUUUUAUACGGCAUUUGAAAUGGCAAAAGACACAUUGUUAAUUUGCAUUUUUUAAGACACUAAUACACGAUAGACGUCGUCCCUCUGGGUGGUUUUAGCACAGAAUACCGAGCAACUCCCCAAGAAAUGCUGCUGUCUUCUAGCAGAUUAACAGUCAGCCAAGAAGCCCCGAUAUUAAUGCAAGCCCUGCAACAGCCACAGUGUAAAAUAUGGCAAGGUGUCUCGGCCUGAAUUUCUCAGCUGAAAAAUGAGAAUGAUACACUGUGAGUACAGAGGUACUGAGAGAGGUGAAAGGGGUUUUUUUAACUAUUUGAAGAUAUAAAAAGCAAUGUAGACAUGCAAAAUCACAGGAAAAAUAUUUUUAGAAACAGGCAGUCCAGACGAUCACUGGUGAUGCUAGGUCUUUGCUCUCUUUCCACCAGGAUAAUCCAGCCUGAGGUCUUUAUGGGAAUGGGGGCAAGGAAGCCCUCCACAAGUGGAUUAAAAAGGCUUUUCUUUUCCUGAAUAAUACAAAGACAAAACACAUCUAUGUUUUCACUCUAUAAAAGCUGAACUUGCAAGGCAAUUUAGUCCCCCUUCUCUUUUUUAUAUGGCACACUGGUUUGAAGUUUUCUAAAUCUUCUUAUGAGAAGUUCAUUUAUUAGUGUCUGUUUAGCUGAGUGGCUGAAAUAUUGAGGAAUUGGUUUCAUUUAUUUUUGUUGUUGAUUCUUUUUUAUUCCUUUUACAUAUUCACCUGAAAACAUUUAGAGUAACCAAUAUUUAUCAGGUAGGUCAAGAAGCAGCCACAUAUUAAACACUGUUUUUGUACAAAAACCUAGUUCUACUGGUACCAAAUGGGCUGCACUGCAAUUAAGUGUGUUGUGAGGCAAACAAACAAAUUCCUCCUCUUCAGCUCAUCUUCCGCUUAUCUAUCACACAAGUAUUUCCUACCCUCUAUUCUGAACAGUGAAAAGCAAUUUAUGAAACUGGUAAAUUGGGAAUAUGUUUGCCUUUUAAGCAAAGAGAAUUAAACUGGAGUUUUAGCUGUACAGAACUAAGUAUUCCCCCCAACUUGUACAUGAUGCACCUGUAUUAAUUUAUGCGGCCGUUUAGUUACAAGUGUUGCAAGCUGAUUGUAAGUCAUCAGUAUGUGCCUUGUACUGUAAACUGUUAUGGUAAUAAAUUUAAUAUUCAUAAUCCA